UUCAAGUCGUCUAGGCUGCAAUAGCUUCUGAGAGCUUAAAGGACCUUCAAGUCUCUCACAAUUUUAAGGCUUUUUAAAGGCUGGCAUGAGGUUUUUAGAUUAUCCUGCGAUGUGAGUUGCGUGCUAUUAGGCGGUCAACAAUCUUAACCUUCAACUGUUUAAAUUAUUAUUGUAUAACCAUUUCUGGUAUUUCCAAUUAUAGUUACCUACUUACGCAACGCAUCCUUUAACUUGGGUAUUGCCACUUAUUUUGGAAGCGAGAUCAAAAGACUAUGACAUCGGGACAACAAAUCAGAGCACCUUCACCACGUUUUCGCCGAUAAGUAGAGAUAUUACCUAUACAUACCAUCCAGGUCAACUUAAUUUCCAUUUCUAAUGGUAUGCUAAUUUGCAAGCACCAAGGACGACACUGCGAAUAGGUGCAACCUUGUACCCUCGAACGUGUUCCGCGCAUUUCAGUGCACUCCAUGUCGCAAUUUCGUCUAGGUUUCAGCGCGAGUGACGUUAUAAAGAAUGACACGAAGAUUUGGGGUAACUUGGACACGAUCAAAAAGUGGCUGGUCCAAGAGCCAAUACCGAAGUUGCUCGACGAACAGAUCCUGAUCUUCCUCACCGCCGCCGGCCAUGACGUACAAACAGCGAAGAACAUCAUCAUGUCGCACUACCACCUGAAGCGGACUCACCCUGAUGUCUUCGACGGUCGCACCUUGGACGAGAAGAUGCGUCGCAACCUCAAAGCAGUCGUGACCGCCAACCUUCCCGUGUACCACAACGACUCGGUCAUCUUCUUCUGGAAGUUUGUCGAGGGAUCCGUCGACCACUACGACACUAAAUGCACGUUAUCGCUACUGACGAUGAACGCCGAUGUGUCCGUCUUUAACGGUCCCGUGAAAAGCGCAAUCUUCCUCGUCGACGGGAAUGGGAUGACAUUUAAGCAUCUGAUGAAGAUGAAGCUUGGUUUGCUAAGGACGAUCUCGGAGUACAUUCAGAACGGCUUUCCGAUGGGACUGGCGGGCAUUCACUUCAUCAAUUCGUCCUUUACUGUAAAGGCGCUUUUUAAAAUGCUAAGCCCCUUUAUUAAUCCGGAAAUGGCAGGCUUGAUCCACUUCCACUGCAGCGGCACGGACAUGGAGUUGUUCCACAAGAAGUGGAUACCGACGCGAUGUCUUCCGAGAGAAUAUGGGGGCGAGUUGGAGUCAGUUGAAGUCUACAGUCAGGCCCUUGUACAGAGGUUGGAGUCGCUGCAAUGGUUUUUUGACGCGGAACUUUUGCAAAGUUUGCGUACGGAAAUGUCGGAAGUUAAAUUUGGAUUCAGUGCCGGUGCAAUAAUCCAAGCCGGCCACGUGAGCGACGAUGAUCUUCAACUGCUGAAGAUAUGGCAGCGCGAAACUGAUCUUCCCCAAUUGACGGACGAACAGCUAGUCCUGUUCCUGAUUGCCACCGGUAGCUCCGUCGAGCUGUGCAAGGCUACCAUAGAGACUCACUUCAGAAUCAAGACGAAGACUCCGGUCUUAUUCAAAGAUAGAAAUGUGCAAAAUGAAGAUCUUAGGAAAAUUGCGAGAGUCAUGCACUUUGCUGUAAUGCCUGAACGCUAUGGAGGAUCCACGCUCUUCUUCUCCGGGUUGAACGAUAGUAAUUACAGAAAUCUGGAUUUUGCGUGUUUUUUGAGGAUGAACUGCCUAAUUGUAGAGGCGAUUCUUCAAGAUAACAACCCGCAGGACGUUAUAUACGCCGUUGAUUGCAGAGGGUCGACGUUUAUGCACGCUUGGAAAAUUAACGUGCACCUUCUGAAGGUUUACUUCGACUACAUUCAGCAUGGACUUCCAUGCAGGAUCAAAAACGUCCAUUUUCUCCACUCCAAUCGGGUUAUGCACACGAUUUACAACAUGUUCAAGCCUUGGAUCGGUCAGGAAAUAUCAUCCAAAAUUAAACUUCACUCGAGCCAGGAGAGCACGAACAGCUUUUACGAGUGGAUACCAAAGAGGUACCUUCCGAAGCAGUUCGGUGGAGAUUUAGAAUCCAUCCGCGUCUACCACGAGAGAACCAUGAAGAAGCUGGUGGAAUUGCAGUUUUACUUUGACGCGGAACAAAAACUGUGGUUGAGGGACUAAGCAUUACCUCCCCCCUCCUUCGUCAACCCCACAUAUAUUUGUGUUACGGUUUUUACACAU